AUGUCUGAGACGUAAGACGUUAACAAGCUUUUAACGGAUUUCGAUGAGUAAAAGAAAAGCUAAUAAGAAAGAAUAGAGCAUAUUAAGACAAACCUAACCCCAAUGAACCGCGAUUUCAUUAGAAAAGAACUUAUGCUGAAUAUUGAUAUUGAUGUUAACAAUCUAGUUGACCCUAAUCUGUUCGAUAAUUUCUAUGAAUUAAAAAAUAAAAAGAAGGAAGAUAAAUUAGCAGAGGUUAAACGAGAGGAAGGGAGAGUAUAAGGUGUAGGUAUAGGAAUAGGUUUUUUAUUUUUGAUUGCAAGAGCCAAGUAAAGAGAUGUUAAGUGGCUCUUACCUGGUAUAGUGGCUAUCACUGGAACAAAGUAUUACUCAAGCAAGCUAUUUUUCUAGAGAUUACAAGAAUAUUAGAUUGAUGAUUAUUGGAGAAAAAGUAAAAAGCUAGAUGGUGAUCUCAGAAAGGUUGAUGGCUAUAUCAAGUAGAGAAAGUUCUUCGAAAAAUAUGGACCUAAUUCCUCUCUUUGA